AGUCUACUCUGGAGGAAAACUUGAUGUUGGCAAGUUGCUUGAUAAGUGAAAGCUCUCAUCAUCUCAGAGGGGCUGUGCAGGGAUGAGGGAAGCCAGAGUUGACAGACCACAUUCUGGUAGAACUCUUCUUCAGCAAGUAGGAUCACAAAACUUGAGGAUUGACCCUGCUACAGAUGACAAGACUUGACGGGGAGCAUGCUCAGGUACGAGCGACCGGCCGAGGAGGCUCCGAGAGCCGCAACAUGGCUUCCCCGCCCCACCAGCAGCUGCUGCAUCACCACAGCACCGAGGUGAGCUGCGACUCCAGCGGCGACAGCAACAGCGUGAGGGUCAAGAUUAACCCCAGGCAGCUGUCCUCCAGCAGCCAGCCCAAGCACUGCAAGUACAGCAUCUCCUCCAGCUGCAGCAGUUCCGGGGACUCCGGUGGCGCUCCCCGGAGAGUGGGCGGCGGCGGCAGUGGCGGGGGCCGCCUGAGACGGCACAAGAAGCUGCCGCAGCUGUUCGAGAGGGCCUCGAGCCGCUGGUGGGACCCCAAGUUUGACUCUGUGAAUCUGGAGGAGGCCUGCCUGGAGCGCUGCUUCCCGCAGACCCAGCGCCGUUUCCGGUACGCACUCUUCUACGUCGGCUUCGCCUGCCUGCUCUGGAGCAUCUACUUCGCCGUGCACAUGAGAUCCAGGCUGGUGGUGCUGGUGGCGCCCGCCCUGUGCUUUCUUGUGGCGUGCGUCGGCUUCUUUCUGUUUACCUUCACCAAGCUGUACGCCCGGCACUAUGCGUGGACGUCGCUGGUUCUUACCCUGCUGGUGUUCGCCCUGACCCUGGCUUCCCAGUUUCAGGUUUGGACGCCCCUCUCAGGACGCGUUGAGGGCUCCAACCACACUCCCGCUGCCAGGCCCGCAGACGCGUGCUUAUCCCAAGUGGGCAGCUUCUCCAUGUGCAUUGAAGUGCUCUUCCUGCUCUACACCGUCAUGCACUUACCUUUGUACUUGAGCUUGUUUCUGGGGGUGGCCUAUUCCGUGCUUUUUGAGACCUUGGGGUACCACUUCCGGGACGAAAGCUGCUUCCCCUGGCCUGCCGUGCCAGCCCUGCACUGGGAGCUGCUGAGCAGGGCCCUGCUGCACCUGUGCAUCCACGCCAUCGGGAUCCACCUGUUCAUCAUGUCCCAGGUGAGGUCCAGGAGCACCUUCUUGAAGGUGGGGCAGUCCAUCAUGCAUGGGAAAGACCUGGAGGUGGAAAAAGCCCUCAAAGAGAGGAUGAUUCACUCUGUGAUGCCAAGGAUCAUAGCCGACGACCUGAUGAAGCAGGGCGACGAAGAGAGCGAGAACUCAGUCAAGAGGCACGCCACCUCGAGCCCCAAGAACAGGAAGAAGAAGUCUUCUAUCCAGAAGGCUCCCAUAGCAUUCCGCCCUUUCAAGAUGCAGCAGAUCGAAGAGGUCAGCAUUUUGUUUGCGGACAUCGUGGGAUUCACCAAGAUGAGUGCCAACAAAUCUGCUCACGCCCUGGUGGGCCUCCUGAACGAUCUCUUUGGCCGCUUCGACCGGCUGUGCGAGGAGACCAAGUGUGAGAAAAUCAGCACUCUGGGAGACUGCUACUAUUGCGUGGCGGGGUGCCCCGAGCCCCGGGCCGACCACGCCUACUGCUGUAUAGAGAUGGGGCUGGGCAUGAUCAAAGCCAUUGAGCAGUUCUGCCAGGAGAAGAAAGAAAUGGUGAACAUGCGCGUCGGGGUCCACACGGGGACUGUCCUGUGUGGCAUACUUGGCAUGAGAAGGUUCAAAUUUGAUGUGUGGUCCAAUGAUGUAAAUCUGGCCAACCUCAUGGAGCAACUGGGAGUGGCAGGCAAAGUCCACAUUUCUGAAGCAACCGCAAAGUACUUAGAUGACCGGUACGAAAUGGAAGAUGGCAAAGUCACUGAACGCCUAGGCCAGAGUGUGGUGGCUGACCAGCUGAAAGGUUUGAAGACAUACCUGAUAUCGGGUCAGAGAGCCAAGGAGCCCCAGUGCAGCUGCGCAGAGCCCUUGCUUUCUGGCUUUGAGGCCCUUGACGACUCACAGGUGUCCUCAGGCCCUAGGGGGCAGGGAGCAGCAUCGGCAGGGAGUGCCAGUGACUUGGCGCAGACUGUCAAAACCUUUGAUAACCUUAAGACCUGUCCUUCAUGUGGAAUCACCUUUGCUCCCAAAUCGGAAGCUGGUGCAGAAGGUGGCGCUGUCCAGAAUGGCUGUCAAGAUGAGCAUAAGAACAGCACCAAGGCUUCUGGAGGACCUAACCCCAAAACUCAGAAUGGACUUCUGAGCCCUCCCCAGCAGGAGAAGCUGACCAACAGUCAGACUUCCUUGUGUGAGAUCCUGCAGGAAAAGGGAAGGUGGGCAGGGGUAAGCUUGGAUCAAUCAGCUCUGCUUCCACUAAGAUUCAAGAACAUCCGGGAGAAGACCGAUGCCCACUUUGUGGACGUUAUCAAAGAAGACAGCCUGAUGAAGGAUUAUUUUUUUAAACCGCCCAUCAAUCAGUUCAGCCUGAACUUCCUGGAUCAGGAGCUGGAGCGAUCCUACAGAAGCAGCUAUCAGGAAGAGGUGAUAAAGAAUUCCCCUGUGAAGACAUUUGCCAGUCCCACCUUCAGCUCCCUCCUGGAUGUGUUUCUGUCUACAACAGUGUUCCUGGUCCUCUCCGCCACGUGCUUCUUAAAGUAUGGGGCAGCAGCCAUGCCUCCUCCGCCAGCUGCCCUGGCGGUCUUUGGGGCAGCCCUGCUGCUGGAGGUGCUGUCACUCGUGGUGUCCGUCAGGAUGGUGUUUUUCUUAGAGGACGUCAUGGCCUGCACGAAGCGCCUGCUGGAACGCAUUGCAGGCUGGCUGCCUCGCCAUUGCGUGGGAGCCGUGCUGGUAUCCCUGCCUGCCCUCGCCGUCUACUCCCAUGUCACCUCUGAAUUUGAGACAAACAUACAUUUCCCAGUGGUUACAGGCUCAGCUGUGCUGGUCGCUGUGGUGCACUACUGUAACUUCUGCCAGCUCAGCUCCUGGAUGAGGUCCUCCCUGGCCACCGUCGUCGGUGCUGGACCACUGCUCCUGCUCUAUGUCUCUCUGUGCCCGGACAGUUCCAUAGUAAUUUCACCCCUUGAUGCAGUACAGAAUUCCAGUUCCGGGAGGAAUCCAUGCAAUAGCUCGUUGCUGCAGGACAGCAGGAGGCCAGGAGGCCCCGUGGGUGAGGAGCUGAUUCUCGUCUUUUUUCUCCUACUCCUGUUGGUCUGGUUCCUGAAUCGAGAGUUUGAAGUCAGCUACCGCCUUCACUACCAUGGGGAUGUGGAAGCGGAUCUGCAUCGCACCAAGAUCCAGAGCAUGCGGGACCAGGCCGACUGGCUGCUGCGGAACAUCAUCCCCUACCAUGUGGCAGAGCAGCUGAAGGUGUCCCAGACCUACUCCAAGAACCAUGAUAGCGGGGGGGUCAUCUUCGCCAGCAUCGUCAACUUCAGUGAGUUCUAUGAAGAGAACUACGAGGGCGGCAAGGAGUGCUACCGGGUCCUCAAUGAGCUGAUUGGGGACUUUGAUGAGCUCUUGGGCAAGCCGGACUACAGCAGCAUUGAGAAGAUCAAGACCAUCGGGGCCACGUACAUGGCAGCAUCAGGGCUAAACGCCGCACAGUGCCAGGAUGGCAGCCACCCCCAGGAGCACCUGCAGAUCCUGUUCGAGUUUGCCAAGGAGAUGAUGCGUGUGGUGGAUGACUUCAACAACAACAUGCUGUGGUUCAACUUCAAGCUCAGAGUCGGCUUCAACCAUGGGCCACUCACGGCGGGGGUCAUUGGUACCACCAAGCUGCUGUAUGACAUCUGGGGGGACACGGUCAACAUUGCCAGCAGGAUGGACACCACCGGGGUUGAGUGCCGCAUCCAAGUGAGUGAGGAAAGCUACCGUGUCCUGAGUAAGAUGGGCUAUGACUUUGACUACAGAGGGACCGUGAACGUCAAGGGGAAGGGCCAGAUGAAGACCUACCUUUACCCCAAGUGCACGGACAACGGGGUUGUGCCACAACACCAGCUGUCUAUCUCCCCGGACAUCCGUGUCCAGGUCGAUGGCAGCAUUGGACGGUCUCCCACAGACGAGAUCGCCAACCUGGUGCCUUCUGUCCAGUAUUUGGACAAGACAUCCCUGGGUCCUGACCCUGUGCAGGCCAAGGACACGCACCCGUCUUCCAAGAGGCCCUGGAAGGAGCCCAGUAAAACCGAAGAAAGAUGUCAGCUCAGCCAAGCCAUGGAGAAAGAGGACUGUGAAGACGUGGCAAUGGAGGAGGCCGACGAGCUCACCAAGCUUAACGUCUCUAAGAGUGUGUGAGGCGGCUCCGAAGCUGCCCACGGUGCUCCAUUUGUCAAAACACAAUAAUAUUCACACCUGGCUGCGGUGCUGCCCCAGCGCCACGGUUUCUGUCCCCAGAUGUGGUAUCAUGUGGUCAUUCCCACCCUCCCUCCUGUGUGGGUCACAGUUCUUCAGGGUUCGUUUCCGUACAUGUCUCCUCUUUUUUGCACCCUCUCCCUGGAACUCUGCCCUCCUUGGGGUCGUCCAUUCAGCCGUGCGGAGAACAAGUGCCUUCAGGUUGGCUCUGGCCUUGGGCCUGGGACCGAGGCUGCCGCUGGUGGAAAUCUUGGCUUCAGGUCUCAUCUGACGUUUGAAACAAAGGCUAUGGUUCAGAUGUCAUUGUUUUAAAUUUCUUUUUCUCAUGAGACACUUUUUGUUGUCCAGCUCAUACAAUGACAUAUAUUGAGUUUCUUUUCUUGUAUGUGUAACAGUGUUCCCCAGUAACCUGGCCUUCCUCUGUAAGCACACACACGCACACACACACUUGCAUUUACGGAUCUGACAUAAAGUGCCAGUAAUUCACCUAGAGGGGCCCUGGAGGCAGGGGUGGGUGAGGUGUGGGCUGAAGAAAGCCCAGCCAGUCCCUCCUCCCCCACACUUUCCCAAGCGCCAGGGGCCGCAUUGUGGGCUGUGGGUGGCCCUGGCACCCACAGGCAGGCCAAGGUCUCCAACACUCACCAGGCACCGAGCUCGUGAGCCCAGGCCUCAGGUACCUCAAAGCCGUCUCUCAUCCCAACCCUCCACCGAGGGGUCUUCCAGUUGGGAGCGGAGGUGUUCUCUCAGAAGCUGAUGCCUGAGGGUUGCACUUAUUUAUUUAUUUAUUUAUCAGGAGAUG